AGGCGGAAGAGGAAGGGGGGGGGUGUAGACUCAAGAUGAUGGCGGCGGCGACGCUGAGGAUCCAGAGCGACUGGAGUCAGGCGCUGAGGAGGGAUGAGGGCGAGGCCUGGUUGAGUUGCCGCAGCCCGGGGAAGCCCACGCUGUAUGGCAGCCUGACCCGCCGUGGGCUCAGCUCCGAGGGUGUCCCUGACAUCGCUGCCUCCGAGGGCUUUGUGGUCGGCGAAGUCACCAAGAAAAGCAUUCUCAUUUCUUGCCCUCAUGAAAAUGUGUCCACCAAAUUCUUGGCACCCUACACAACUUUUGCCAGGAUUCAUCAGAAAAGUAUUACAUGUCUGGAUAUUUCCAGUGGUGGAGGGCUUGGCGUAUCUACCAGCACAGAUGGGACCAUGAAGAUCUGGCAGGCUGCAAAUGGAGAAAUAAGAAGACUAUUGGAAGGCCAUGUGUAUGAUGUGAAUUGUUGCAGGUUUUUCCCAUCGGGCCUCGUGGUUCUGAGUGGGGGAAUGGAUGCCCAGCUAAAGAUCUGGUCAGCAGAAGAUGCCAGCUGCGUAGUGACGUUUAAAGGUCACAAAGGAGGUAUUUUGGAUACUGCCAUUGUGGAUCGGGGAAGAAACGUCCUUUCCUGCUCUAGGGAUGGCACUGCACGCCUCUGGGACUGCGGCAAAUCCUCGUGUCUGGGUGUCAUUGCUGACUGUGGCUCUCCCAUCAAUGGCAUCGCUGUGGGCACUGCUGACGACUCGGUGAACCUGGGCACACCUGAAAAAGCUCCCAGUGAACGUGAGAUUGGGACGGAAGGGAAAAUCCUGCUGCUGGCUCGAGAAGACAAGAAGCUGCAAGGAGUUGGGCUGCAGAGCAGGCAGCCGGUGUUCCUCUUUGAUGGAUCUGAUGCCUUCAAUUGCUGCACGUUCCUCUCAAGUACCUAUUUCCUAGCAGGGACUCAGGAUGGGAACAUCUAUCAGCUGGAUGUGAGAAACACCAAUGCUCCAAUCCAAAUCAUUCACAGAUCAGGAGCACCAGUGCUUUCUCUGCUCCCAUACAGAGAUGGAUUCAUUGCCAGCCAAGGUGAUGGAACGUGCUUUAUCAUUCAGCAAGACCUCGAUUAUGUCAUCGACCUCACAGAGGCAGAUUGUGACCCUGUGUACAAGGUCGCUCAGUGGGAGAAGCAGAUCUACACGUGCUGCAGGGACGGCGUGGUGCGGCGGUACCAGCUGGGAGACCUGUAGGGGUUAAUGGGGGGUCUAUGAUCAACAUGGCUGUGUGUGUUAUAGGGGAUGUGAGCAACAUGGCUGUGUGUGUUAUGGGGUCUGUGAGCAACAUGGCUGUGUGUGUUAUGGGGUCUAUGGGGUCUAUGAGGGAGGGAUGGGGCUGAUGUUAUGGCUGUUUCUGCUCAUUUCUGCCCCUUCCAGCCCCUUUUUAUCUGCUGUGAGGUGGAUUUGGGUGUUAAAUCGAGGCUGUGGGCUGAAAUAAAGCCGCUUUCAUAGA